GUGGGUAAAGCAAAGCAUGACCUCAAAAAGAGAGGUGCCUUGUCCACCUUACUGUCUUGCAGUUCACACUUGGGGAAUUAUUAACAAGGACCCGCAACUAAAGCGCAGUUGUCACCUUUCGAAAGGACGGUUGUAUAGUAUUUGCCUUCUUGCCUUUUUGACAUCAUUCUUCCUAGCUCUUCACAUUGUAUUUCUUGGAUAUCCGAGAACACCACUUGUUUGCUUUGAAUCCUAUCGAAGCAAUGGUUUUAAUGCUGAAGAUGAGGCUGUGGAGAGCAUGAGAGAUCGUGUGCGGUUCCCUCGCACGAAACGUCGCCUUCCUCAGUGCAUUAUCAUUGGCGUGCGAAAAUGCGGAACCCGAGCUCUUUUGGAAUUCCUCAAUUUGCAUCCAUCCAUUCAGAAAGCAUCAGACGAGGUGCACUUUUUUGACGAAGAUGAUAAGUAUAGCCUGGGUUUGGAAUGGUACAGAAGAAGGAUGCCUUAUUCCUUUCCAGAUCAGAUCACUAUUGAGAAAAGUCCGGCAUACUUCAUUACAGAAUCUGCGCCAGCACGAAUACGAGCUAUGAACGAAAGUAUACGCCUGCUCCUGAUUGUACGAGAUCCUGUGACCAGAUUAAUAUCAGAUUACGCCCAGCUGGCAGCCAAUAAAGCAAGAAAAGACAAAGCCUUGGCCUCGUUCGAGGAUUUAGUUCUGAAUUCCAACAGUCAAGUAAACACAGCUUACAAAGCGGUACGCAUCAGCAUGUACUCUAUCUUUUUCGAGAGGUGGCACAGAGUGUUUCCUAGAAGACAGAUCCACAUUGUAGAUGGUGACGAUCUCAUUCGGGAUCCUUUUCCUGAAGUCCAGAGGAUUGAAGAAUUCCUUGGCAUCGCGCACAGAAUUUCCAAAGAGAAUUUUUUCUAUAAUAAAACAAAAGGGUUUUAUUGCGUGAGAAACGAAACCACAGAGAAAUGUCUCAAUGAAAGCAAAGGGCGACGACAUCCGGUGGUGUCUGAAGAAGUAAUUCACAAACUUCGGCAGUUUUAUGCUCCGUAUAAUAGGAUGUUCUUCAGAGCAGCUGGUAGAGAUUUUGGCUGGCCGGAAGAAUGACUUUCAAUUUUUUUAUGUACAGGUCAAUGUUACCUCUUCUAUUCUCAAAUAACAUAUCUCUCUCUUUUACUCUGUAUUGUGAAAUAUUGAGAUGAAUGCUCGAAAUCUUGCUACCGAAAUUAGAGGAUGAGUGAUAACAAAUCAUUAUGAUCUCGUCAUUCGUAAUUAUGACGGCAGUAUAACUGCAUCAAUAUAUUUUAAAAUGAGUACACUAAAAUACAGAUUAGAUUGACGUAUCUAUUUCUUAGCAGUAUAAAAUAAUAGAUCAGCUGUAAGAUCAUGAGAUAAAGCUAUAUUUUUCGAUUAAUUGAUAUUAUCUGCAUUAACGGAAAACAUCUGCCUAGUUAGACAAUCUCUUGUGAAAUGCAAAAUUAAGCAAUUUAAAAUUGCCUUACGUGAAACGUAAGCGUGCACUGCAGAUGAGAGAGGAACUAUGGUUCAUAGGAAUAUGCAUAUUUUCUGUGCCAAAUUUAUUGUUAAACAUAAUCCAUAUAUUUAAUUUCAUUUUUAAAUGUUUUCGCUAUAACAGAGGUUCGGUUUUAAAUUGCUGUGUAUUGCGCAUAAUCUCAUUUCUUUCUGUAUGAUUAUUACCGUAUACUUAAAGCUGGAUAUUUUCAUUGAAGAUGAGAAAAUCUCUUCUGCUUUGAAUGAAACUUAAAUAUACAGAGAGAUGCUUUAUUUGAAACAUAUCAUUGUUAGAGUUUAAACUGCCUAGCAUUUCACUCUGUGAGUUUAAGUCAUUCAGAGCUUAAGAUUUUGGGGAAAUACACGAUAUAUUUUAAGAGCAUAGCUUGAUUCUGAGCAUUUGUCGCAUUUGCAUUAAUAUGUGAGAUCGUGGUGUGAGACAUUUGUAUUUACAAUAGCAUAUCAAAUGUUGCAGAUAUAUGAUACCUAAAACUCUGCAAUCAGUGGUCGAAGUAGCACGCACUUGGUGAUACUAGAUUCCUAUUUUUAAAAAUGUACCUUUUCAAGCGUUUGAUAAACUACUGAAUUUGCGUCACUGUGUUUAUAUUUUGUACAAUGAACUCGUGUCUUAAGAAUUUGAGACUUCAUAUUGUGUAAGAGAUAAAGUGUUUCACAAAGUAUUCUUUUAAUGAAAUAAAAUACGGUGGAGAUGAAUGAGCACUAUCAUAGAAAUCAUUGCAAGGCUACAAAUUAUUCUUAACGUGUUAUCAAAGCUGCUGCUGCUCUGAAGAUUUAGUAUAUUUAUGAGAAUUCUGAUUAUAUAUUUCCGUAAAAUUGCCUAUAUUUUUUAAGUUCUGAAACAUAAAUCAUUUUAUAUUUGGUAGCUCUAAUGGUAUUAAAGUAUUCCUUUGCUUUAAUGGAUAAACAAUAAAAAUUAUUUUUUAAAUCGGAGUGAAAUAAUAUUUCCUCAGUAAAGACGGUAAAGUUAUGGCAUCAGUUGUAUUAAAACUCAGUUUAAUAUAAUUUUUUCAUAAGCCCUUGAAUUGAAAUUUAAGAUGAAACUUGCAGACCUUUUUAGACCUAAUGUGUAAGACAGUAACGUUUUUUCUAGCGUGCUUAGUAAUUAGUAAAAACACAAUAGAACUUUUUAUUACUUAAUCAGUUGCACUUCUGUCCGCUAUUGACUGUAUCAUUUGAAAGGGAUAAAAAGUCGAAAAAUGGCCAGGCAUUUAACGAUUUAUAUUGCAUUGUGUUUAAAUAGCCGAUAUCGUAUCAUAUUUUAAAUAUUAAAAAUUCUGUUUCAUUUUUAAAAAAUGCAUUUCAAUUUGUGUUACCGUUAGUAUUAAAAAUUAAUUAUAGAAUAUGAUAGCUAACAUUAGGUUCGGAAAAAUAUAUUUACAUAGUUUGAAAUUUGUGUGCAUGCUGUACAUUUAUUGCUCAUCUAUAAGAAUUAUGUUUUCAGUUUUUUUUUAUCUCAACCUUUCUGAGUAACGGGGUAACAUUUCUCACAAAGCACAUAAUGUCCCAUGCAUGAGGAAUUUCUAUAUGUUAAAGAUUCUUAUCUGCUUGUAUGUGUUCUAAAAAAAAUAUCAUGUUAAAUAAGCAGUUAAUUGUUUGGCAUGAAGUUGAGUUUAAAUUAAGGGGAAAAAUCUUUCAAAUAAGUAUUUAUUUAUUAUUAUGCUACUAAUGUUGAAUUUUUAAUCUUGUAGGUAAUCUCGAAUCAAUAUAAUCUAAUGAUUACUUUGUAUUUAAUUUUGAAUCUGCGUUUAUACAAGUUCUUGAGUUCUAAAAGACAGGACAAAAACUUUUAAUGAAUAGACUACCUUGAUAAAAAUCUGAAUAUUGUAAUCUAAUGUAUGCAAAUCUUGGCAUUAAAAUUAAUGUAUAAAAAAUAGCUCGUAAACAGUAUUUAAAUAGCAUUUAUCAACGAAAGUUAUUGUGAAAUAAUAGUAGUUUUGACUUUUUUUUUUCUUUUCUUUCCCUCUGAGAAUUACGGCUCGUAUUAUUUUGCUGGUUAUUACAGAUAAAUGAAGUAUUUUUCUUUCUUAUUUUUACAAAUUUCAAUUUUUUCCAUUUAUAUAAAAACCCACAAUAGCCCACGUGUUUACCUCAAUCAGGUAUAAAAUAACGUCCGUCAUUUCUAAUUGUCUAUAAUAUAUAACGUGGUUUUUAAAGCGAAGAAUUAAAAGCUUUUCUAAUGAAUAUUGUUAUGUAAGAUAAAAAUAAAAUUAAUAUUGCAGAUAUUAUAUUUAUCAAAUAUUGAAAGAAAUUGUGAAUCGAAAAUAAAGAAUAAAUUAAAUGGUAAUCAUGUGCUUGCGAGGGAAGGCAAAGAUAUAGUAUGAGACUCACACAGAGGUGCUUGUAAAUUAAGUGAAUAUUAUUAAAAUGUCACCAAAAUAUUAAUUGAAUUCCAUUUAAGAAGCUUUGGGUUUCCUGGAAUAUUUGUGUUUCGCAAGAAAUAUUGAUGACUAGACUAAUCUUAUAUGAAAGUAUUUUUGAAUGGCGCGAAUGUUAUUUCAAGAAUGUAGCAAGAGUAAGAAGGCUGAGAGACCACAGUUCAGACUUAAGAGAGACUAAUUAUAAAAAAUCUAUGUUUUUCAUUUCCGACAGUCUUUUGUUGUAAGAGUUUUGCUUUAACUGAGAGAUUAUUAAAUUAUCAUAAUUUGAAAUUACUACUCUAUGGCUGAUCAAAGGAAGAAAAACACUGCAUUUUAAUUGUCAGUGUUGAAUACGUUUUUACUUAAUUGUGAAAAAAUGUUACUUUUAUUACUAAGGAAACACUCUUAAUUUAAAAUUUGAGCCGGAAAAGCUUUUUAUUUGAAAAAUAAUACACCUCAAAUAAUUUUAAAUAAACUAUGUUCUUCUCCUAGGUUACUCAAAUUAUUUUCAGUAAACAGACUCUUUUAAAUUCCGGUAAGUUUUAUUUUAAACAUGGGUCGCCUUAGCUUUGUAAAUUUGAAAAAUAUACUGUCUUUCUCAUGAAAUGUUUUUCCUGCCCUUUAUGCAUUCGUCUUGAAAGUCAGAGUCUCAACCACCAUUUCUUCUAAAGAUUAAUUAUAGUAAUGAAUUUAAGAACUCUAUGAGAAAAGUUGCUGAAAUUUAAUGAACUAAAAUCGCAAUAUAAAUGAGGAAAAUGCUUAGCAAAGCAGAACUUGCGGCUUGUAUUAUUAAUAUAUUUUGAGUACUUACAGAUAUAAUUAAUAAAUUAAAAAUAAUUUUAUUCUUUUCCAAGUUUUUGAAAACGGCAGUGCUAAAUCUACUUUUUCCGCUAUGAACAUACUAAAUAUUUUUAUUUGUUAAAGCUAUCCUAAGACGUUAUUUGUAAGUAAAAUUCACGAUUCCUUAUACGAUGAUUCAAUUAUAAAUCCAUGAACUUACAGUAUUGAAGUUUCAAGAUUAUAAUAUUUUUACUUCCAAAGAUUAGAGCUUUCAUCAUCUAUUUUAAUAUAAUGUUAAUUUAUUAAUCAAUUUUAUAAAUAAAUACGUAUUUUCUUUCAGCUAUCAUUAAUUUCCUUUUAUUAAAGCAUUUUUGAUGGAAUAACUUUUCAGUCCCACUCGAACUGCUUACUUUUACAACUUUCACAAUCGCCUUAAAAGUUCAUUUUAUGUAAUUUUUCUACUUUAAGUAUAAAGCGUUAUUAUGUAUUUUAAAUAAUGAGAAUUUGGCGUAAUGAAACAUAAAUUUCGAAUUUAAGAGCGAAGGUUCUUUCAAAUUAGUAAAUCUUUGUGUAGAGAGUAUAUUAGUGGUUCGGAAAAGAAACAGAUUUUUUGUGACACGUUUUCGUAAGUAUUAUCUAAAUAUAAACUUGAAGUGUAAAUCAUGGAAGCAAUAACAUCCAUAAUUUCAAUAAUUCUUUUCUAAGUAUUACUUAUCUUUUUACCUGUGUUGAGGAAAAUAUCUGCAUUGUAAGAAAGUGAGGUUUCUAAAAAAGUAGGUUUAAAUAUAAAGGAAUUCAAAUACUUACUCAUAAUUGUAUUUAAAGCUUUACUUGCGUGCAAAGUAAUUAAACCGGCAAACAUCGAAGGUACAAUUAAGUGCUUAAUUUUAUGAUUAUUGUUUUCGAAUUGUUAGUAUUAUUUUUAUUUCCCGUGCUCCCUAUCUAAUUAAUAUGUGUUGAAUGCUGUUUUAUAAAAAAUAUGGAAACAUGUUAAUCAUACCUUUUCUUGUUUGAGUAAGUAUUUCAGUCAGCCAGCAUUGAGUUUUUUAGUAAAUUAAAACUGAAUACUUUAAAUUUAUCUAUUUUGGAAUAAUUUAAAAUAUAACAAACCAUCAUCAUAUUCAUUUCCAUUAUUAUUCGCAUUAAAAGCAAUGCUGCCUUUUUACCAUGCCUUAAGAGUGUCUGGCUAUUAAUUUAAAUUAAAAUAUAAGGAGUAUUAGAAUUUUUUUCUGAAAUUAUCAAUUCAUAUGAUAAUUUUCCUCUUCUCUACGAAUUUAAAGGUAUUGUUACAUAUGACUCAUCGUGAACAAGAAACUGAAUCAUAAACUUUGUGUAAUUUUAAAAGUGUCUGAAUUUUAUAUAUAUUAUGUCUAUUGCAUGGAAUUUUAUGAGAAACGUUUACUCAUACAGCCUUACAUGAAGACGCACUUUUCUUGUGCUGAAGCUAGUAAAUCAACAUUUUAUUGAAAACUGUAAUUUAAAGAUGUUGGCACAACUGGAGCUUUCAUAAAGUUCAUAAAGUAAUUUUAAUUUUAAGGAAGCAUUUUUAAAUAUUUUUCAUUUGAUAUAAUAGACAUUGUACAUAUUUAUAAUACAAUAGGCAUUGUACGUUGUUCUAAAUAAGGUGCACAGAUCUUUAAAACAUCUGAAUUAACAUAUCAUAAUGCUCAUACAGGUACAUAAGUUUCUAUUUUUAUCUUUAGGUGCCGGAAGAAUACGGCAUUAUUUUAGAUGUUUUUUUUUUUAAUUUGAAAGCAUUUUGUCGAUUUUCAUAUGAAUCAUAUUUUUAUAUAUAAAAUAUAUUUAUUAACUACUAGAUCUUUAUGAAACAGAAAUAUCUAUUAUAUAUAUGUGAAUAAAUAUGUUAAUAAUUCAUAUUUAAUAACUUAAAAUUGGUAAUGAUUGUUUCGUUUCUUAAAAUUCGGUGACAGUGAAUAAUAGACAAAAGGUAUUGGCCCUUACACUUCGACUACUGAUUGCCUGAAAUAUGCCCUCGAAUCCAUGAUGCAUAUCUGUUAAUGUAGUUAAAUAUCUUGAUGAAAGCUGUUAGUUUUUAACCAAUAUUUUCAUAAAAGGUGUGAUCCAAUGUUUUACAUGUAUUUAAUAUAGUGCUCUUUUCUAUUUUUGGUUGUUAAAUGUAUUUAAUGAUAGAAUAAGCAGCUAUCUGGAUGACACUUAUGACAUCACAAUCCUAACUUAGAAGUUUAAAGUAAGCGCGUUUCAAAAAAAAAAAAAAAAAAAAAAAAAAAAAAAAAAAAAAAAAAAAAAAAAAAAAAAAAAACAAAAAAAAAAAAAAAAAAAAAAAAAAAAAAAAAAAAAAAAAAAAAAAAAAAAAAAAUUGAAGCGAGUUCUGAGAUUUACCAUGAUUGCACUUUUUAAUCACGCACAUUUAUAUAUACAUUUAUUUUCAUUUCUAGAGUUUUGAAAGAUCCCUCUAUGCUGG